AUGCCGUCUAACUCGUCGCCGAUAGCGGUGGUUUCCCCCAAAAGUAUCUGGGGCAGUAUUCAGGCUCACAGGCGGACCUAUGUCCUCACCGCUGUGGCCUCCUUUGGAGGCAUGCUUUUUGGUUGGGAUACCGGUCUCAUCGGAGGAGUCCUCACCAUGAAGUCGUUUCAACACUCUUUCGAUCUUGACUCCAAAAGCGCUUCGUAUGCCAAUCUGCAGGGCAACAUCGUCUCUGUUCUUCAGGGAGGCUGUUUCUUUGGCGCCGCAGCUUCAUUCUGGCUGAGCGAUAAGAUCGGCCGCAAGUGGUCUCUCAUCUUGGCCGACCUCGUCUUCCUGGCCGGCUCCAUCAUACAGACUUGUUGCGCCAUCGGCACCACGAGCCUAGCUCAGCUCUACAUCGGACGAUUCAUUGGUGGCUUUGGCGUGGGUCUCAUUUCUGCUGUGGUGCCGACUUAUAUUGGCGAGAAUGCGAAUCGAGAGAUCCGAGGGCGCUGCAUUGGAUGUAUGCAACUAUUCAACGUCACUGGAAUCAUGAUCUCUUACUUCAUCAACUACGGCAUUUCGAAACAGAUCACUGACCCCAACAACUCGGCACAAUGGCGCAUCCCUUUCGCCCUGCAGAUGCUACCGGGCCUACUGCUUCUCCUCGUCUCUUUCCAGAACGAAUCUCCACGUUGGCUGGUCGAGAAGAACCGCAUCUCACAGGCCAGGCGGGCACUGUCGCAUGUUCGUGCUGUGCCGGAGGACGACCCUGCGCUGCGGGAGGAGCUGGAUGAGAUCGUCGCGGACUUUGAGGGCAAGGAGAAGUUAUCCCUCGGCAUGCAGGCCAGGGCAGCUUGCUCGAACAAGAAGAUGUUUUACCAGGCCAGCCUCGGGGUGGUGCUUAUGUUCUGGCAACAGUGGACCGGAACAAAUAGCAUCAACUACUACAGCCCACAAAUCUUCGAAAGCGUGGGCCUGUCGAGCUCAUCAGCAGGUCUUUUUGCCACAGGUAUCUAUGGCGUCGUGAAGGUGGUCUUUACCGCGCUUGCUUUGAUGUUUGGUGUUGAGCAGGCCGGACGAAAGUGGUCUCUCAUUUGCGGAGCUGCAGGCCAAGCCUUUGCAAUGUUCUACAUUGGGAUCAACCAGGCCGUUCAUCCCACUGACAAGUCGCUGUCGGGGAACAACAUUUUCGCCAUCAUCUGCGUCUAUCUCUUUGUUGUGUUCUACUCAUUUGGUUGGGGUCCGAUACCAUUCAUCUUGGCAUCCGAGUGCUCUCCCAAUCAUGUGCGCUCCCUGGUCAUGGCAGCCUCCCUCAUGACACAAUGGCUCUUCAACUUUGUCAUCGCCAAGCUCACACCCAUUAUGCUCGCGGAUAUCACGUUCGGCACCUACCUGCUCUUCGGCGCGUGUUGUGCCCUGAUGCUCGUGUACGCAGUGUUCUGCGUGCCAGAAACGAAAGGUGUUCCGCUGGAGAGCGUCGGCAUACUCUUUGAAGGCAACAUCGUUGCCGGUGCUACGAGGGAUACCUGCUCCGGUGCUCGAGCGAGGAAGCUGCGGGAACAACACCUGGCAGCGCUGAGUUCCAGACGGGGGGUAGAUAAUGGGGGCAAGCUGGGUAAUGAGGCUGAGCAUUUCGAGGAUGCGCCAUGA